UUGUGAUUGUUUCAAAGGUUUUAUUGAAUAUCUGUGUGACAUGGUUGACUAGGAUGAGGUAGAUCCUCACUCUAGGGUUGCUAGGGUGCAGUGGAACCUCAACACAUGCACAAUUCUAGCACCCUAAAUUAAUCUGGCAAGAAGAAGAGAGAAGUUGAAUGUGUUUUGUACUUUCGUUCUGUUUUUCAUAGCUUAAUUUCUAGCAGUCAGCAUUUUAAGCACAGGCUUGUUAAGAUUUCUUGUAUAUUUUGGGGAUUGAAGAAUAACUGUGGAGUUGUAGCUUAGCGUGUGAGAAGCUAAAAUGAGUCUGGGAACCCCAGACUGCACACCAAAGUGCCGUUCUCUGGAGCAUGCAGAGGAGGUUAUCGCUGCAUUGACCAGUGGCUCGGAUGGCCGUUUGCGGACUUACCUGUCUGCACAUUGUCACAACGCAGCUACUCUGCGGGAUUCAUACGGACGCACGGCUCUCCACCUCGCAGCUUCGCUGGGUAAGCGUGACUUGCUUCAGUGGCUCCUGGACAGCAAGCACGCCGACCUGCUGGUGAAGGACAAAGAGUCAGGGUGGACCGCCCUGCAUCGCAGCAUCUUCUAUGGGCAGAUUCACUGCCUCAUGACCCUCAUCAAGCAUGGAGGGCAGCUGUCCAUCCAGGACAAAGAAGGGCUUUCUGUUUUAGAUCUUACCAUGAAAGACCGCCCAACUCAUGUUGUUUUCCGAAACACUGAUCCUACUGAGGUGUACACUUGGGGAAGCAACACAAAUUUCAGUCUUGGGCAUGGCAACCAGGAAAGUAGGCAUCGUCCUGAGAUUGUGGACUUGUUUUCCAGGUCUGGUGUUUAUGUGAAACAGGUGGUGUUGUGCAAGUUCCACUCUGUCUUCCUGUCCCAGAAGGGUCAGGUCUACACAUGUGGACAUGGACAGGGGGGACGACUGGGGCAUGGUGAUGAACAGACCUAUCUGGUUCCUCGUAUAGUGGAUGGGCUGCUGUCCCAUCAGUGCUCUCAGAUUGCAGCGGCCCGAGAUCACACAGUGGUUCUGACAGAGGAAGGGUACGUCUACACGUUUGGGCUCAACACCCAUUAUCAGCUUGGUCUGUCACCUCCACUUGCCUCCAGCCAAAUUCCCAAACAGGUGUCAUGUAAGGCUCUAAAAGGCAGAAUGGUGAUUGGUGUUGCAGCUGGCAGGUUCCACACGGUUCUUUGGACUCGAGAUGCAGUGUAUACCGUAGGAUUAAACGGUGGCCAGCUGGGUUACCUGCUGGAGCCCAACGGUGAGAAGUGCGUGACCGCCCCCCGGCAGGUGUCCGCUCUGCACCACAAGUAUGUGAACAUCGCUAUGGCCGCAGCCAGUCACGGUGCCACCGUGUGCGUGACAGAAAAGGGAGAUGUGUACCUGCUGGUGGAUUAUCAGUGCAAGAAACUGGCCUCCAAACAGCUGAAUCUGAAAAAGGUUCUUGUGAGUGGUGGUAGUUUGGACCAUCGUGUUUACCCUCAGGUCCUGCAUGAUGGUGGAGGAGAGAAGCUGGUGAUAUUGGCUCUAGAUGAAGCUGGAAGGGUGAGCAAUAUGAUCUUGAAAAACUAGGUUUUUGGUCCCAAGGAAGUACAUAGCUGUGUAUUUGCGUAAUGAAAGCUAUUGUCAUGUUUCUUAAUAUUACCCAAAGUCAACUCAACUCAACGUUAUAUAGCGCUUUUUACAAUUUUCAUUGUUACAAAGUAGCUGUACAUAAGACAUAUUGACUAUAAGCAAAACAAUUAAAGUUGUACCUGCAAAAACAAGAAAAAGUUGAAAACACACAAGACAGACAUACCCACAUACAAAACACUCCACACACACAAGUACUAACACGCAUAGACAUAGACACACACGGACGCGCACACACACACACACACACACACACACACACACACACACACAUACAGGCAUAUGUGGUUUCUGAGGUCAAUGUGACUUUUUGGUGGUUUACGGGGACACACCUUUCCCUCCAUCCAAUCAAGGUAAAAAUAAUGUUAAAAAAUUUUAUUUGAUCUACAGAAGACUAACACAACUUCAAAAACAUUAUUUCACUUUCGCAACAUACUUAUAUUAAAUAUGUGACAUUUCACAGGCUUAUGGGGACGAGCCACAUUGUGGUUUCCGGGGACAACAGGGUUUAUGAGGUCUCUAUACAUACAACACACAAGUCUAGCCACUAACUGGUUUACAGGGACAACAGGGUUUAUGAGGUCUCUAUUCAUACAACACACAAAACUAGCCACUAACUGGUUUACAGGGACAACAGGGUUUAUGAGGUCUCUAUACAUACAACACACAAAACUAGCCACUAACUGGUUUACAGGGACAACAGGGUUUAUGAGGUCUCUAUACAUACAACACACAAAACUAGCCACUAACUGGUUUACAGGGACAACAGGGUUUAUGAGGUCUCUACAUACAACACACAAAACUAGCCACUAACUGGUUUACAGGGUCAACAGGGUUUAUGAGG